AUGGACAUGAUUCUUAUGGAUGAUAAGGGUCAUAAGAUUCACGCUUCGGUAAGAAAGACUCUUAUAUACCGAUUCCAAUCUUUGCUAAGUGAAGGUCGGGUAUAUCAGAUUUCAUUUUUUGGUGUUGGUGAAAGCGGUCGUGACUUCCGUCCAACCUCGCAUCCAUGGAAAAUCAACUUUGACAUUCAUACUUCUGUGAGAUUGGUUCCCAACAAGGCGAUAAACUUAAGCCCUUAUUCUUUUGUGCCACUCUCUGAUAUAAUUUCUAAGGACCUUGAUACAUCUUUUCUUAUAGAUGUAAUUGGGAUUCUCACUGGUGCAACUGGUGAGCAAGAAUUUGAGAAAGACGUGGAAAAACAUAAGAGAAUUACUAUUCAACUUGACCAAGAUGGGUUCUUGGAAUCAAAUGAUACUGCUGCACAAGUGAUUAGCCCGCUGCAGGACUCGGCAAAAAAAUCUACCCCUGAAGAUGAUUUCCUAAAACUUAUUGAUGGGAAAACCAUUGAGCAACUCAAAAAUCUUGCUGAGCAAAAGUCCUAUUGUAUUGUUCUUGGUACGGUUAAGUAUAUCGCAGAGGGUAUGGAUUGGUAUUACCCUACUUGCAAAUGUAGCAAGAAGAUGAAUUAA